GUCGAUCAAAGACUCAAGAAAUGGCGUAAUGGGAAGAUGAAAAAGCCUCGAGAUUUUCUUGACAUGUUUAUAUUGGCCAAAGACACCAAUGGGAAGCCUGCUCUGUCGGACGAAGAGAUCAAAGCACAAGUGACGGAACUAAUGUUGGCCACGGUUGAUAAUCCGUCAAACGCGGUGGAGUGGGCCAUGGCGGAGAUGACUAACCAGCCGAGCAUCAUGCAAAAAGCCGUGGAGGAGAUCGAUAGAGUAGUUGGAAAAUACCGUUUUGUCCUUGAAUCCGACAUCCCAAAUCUCAACUACGUCAAGGCUUGUGUGAAAGAAGCGUUCAGGCUACACCCUGUGGCGCCGUUCAACCUUCCUCACAUGUCCACCACUGAUGCAGUGGUGGACGGUUACUUCAUUCCAAAGGGAAGGCACGUUCUGAUCAGUCGGUUAGGGAUCGGGAGAAACUCUAACGUAUGGGACAAGCCACUUAAGUUCGACCCCCAACGACAUAUAGGUUCGAACAUUGGAUCAGCCAUGACGUACAUGCUGCUGGCCCGGUUGAUUCAAGGGUUCAUGUGGUCAUCAGUUUCUGGUGAGGGUAAAAUCGAUAUUUUGGAAAGCAAAAGUGACCUUUUCAUGGCGAAACCUUUGCAUGCCAUUGCAACACCUCGUCUGGCUCCACGAAUAUACUUAACCUAA